AUGUCUUCCCCAAAAGUUACUAAUACUUUUGUUAGUUCCAUUACUGAUGUAACUAACGAUGCAAUUGAUGGCGCUUCUGAUGAGAAAUCAAAUGAAGCUAAAGAAGAAACAGAUGAAGCUAAAGAAGAAAAUGAUGGUGAUGAAAGUAAACAAGCUUGGCAAAUGGUUUGGAAUAACGAUGUUCAAGCAUAUUAUUAUUGGAACACUUUAACAAAUGAAACAACUUGGACAACUCCAACCGAAUUACUACAACAACAAGAACAUCACCAAUCACUAGAACCUGAUAAUAAUAUUACAAGUGAUAAUCAAUAUUAUGGAUAUUCAGAACAAGAUUAUUAUCAAUAUUAUUAUGGCUAUUAUCCAGAAGGUUAUUAUUAUGAAUAUGAUCCAAAUAUUAAUACUUAUGCUAAUAAUAACAACGUCAAUUUAACAUCUUCGGUAAAUUCUUCCACAGCCAACACAGAUCAAACAAAUCCUUUAGAUUCAUUAUUAGAUAAAAUUGAUACAGAAGUUAAUAAUAAUCAAUAUUCUAAAGAGCUAGAUGGCAAUUCUGAAUAUUAUUCAUUUUUAGCACAACAUGGCAGUAAUAAUGAUAACAACAGUAGCGAACCUGCUGGUUAUACUGUAACAGGAAGGUUUAAUUCACGCACUGGUAAAUUUCAACGAGAUCCCACUUUGAAUCCUGAAAAAUUUUCUGCAGAAGCAAAAGCAGCUAGACAAAUGUCCUAUUUCUUUGAUUACGAGCGUUACACUGAGCAAAGAGGAUUAAAUUAUGCUGUCGCCGCAUACAACAACAAAGAUAGAGAAAGAAAAAGAAAAAAUGACGAGAUUGAAAAUCAACUUAAAAGAGACAGGCUCUCAAUGCGUAAUGAAGUUAAAAUGCUCUUGCUAGGUGCUGGCGAAUCCGGCAAGUCAACAAUUUUAAAACAAAUGAAACUUAUUCAUGAUGGAGGCUAUUCACCCGAGGAGCGUGAAUCAUUCAAAGAAAUUAUUUUCUCAAAUACAGUACAAUCAAUGCGUGUAAUUCUAGAGGCAAUGGGUACAAUGGGAAUUUCACUUCGUGAUGGGUCAAAUAAAGGUUACGAAAGCAUCAUUCUAAAUUUGCCAAGUCAAAUCGAAGGUGAUCAUUUACCUUCAGACGUUUCAACGGCCAUCAAAAAUUUAUGGACUGAUAGCGGAGUAAGAGAAUGUUUUAAUAGAUCCAGAGAAUAUCAAUUAAAUGAUUCAGCAAAAUACUAUUUUGAUUCAAUUGAUCGCAUUUCACAACCAGACUAUCUUCCAGACGAUCAAGAUGUAUUAAGAUCUCGAGUAAAAACAACUGGGAUCACAGAGACUAGCUUCCUAAUUAAUGAAUUAACCUAUCGUAUGUUCGAUGUGGGUGGUCAACGUUCUGAACGUAAGAAAUGGAUUCAUUGUUUUGAAAAUGUUACUGCGAUUGUUUUCUUGGUAGCUAUUUCUGAAUAUGAUCAAUUGCUAUUGGAAGAUGAGACUGUGAAUCGUAUGCAAGAAGCAUUGACAUUAUUUGAUUCUAUUUGUAAUUCAAGAUGGUUUGUCAAGACGUCAAUUAUUUUAUUUUUAAAUAAGAUAGAUCGUUUCAAAGAAAAAUUACCAUUAUCCCCAAUGGUAAAAUAUUUCCCCGAUUAUGAAGGUGGAAGUGAUUAUGAACUUGCGUGUGAUUAUAUACUUAAUCGUUUCGUAUCACUGAAUCAAUCAGACAUAAAACAAAUUUAUACACAUUUCACUUGCGCAACUGAUACGGAACAAAUCAAAUUUGUGAUGGCUGCUGUUAACGAUAUCAUCAUUCAAACUAAUUUAAGAGAUUGCGAUAGAGUCAUAAGAAGCUUUCAGUUAGAAACUCAAGAUCUUAAGAAACUUGUACGCGAUGAAGUUCUUGACAAAGAACAACAAUUACAACAAUUGAAAAGAAUCAGGAGAUCAAUAACAAUUGAGUCUAGCGCACUCUCAUUUAUAACUAUAUUCAAUAUUUUUACUGUAGGAGAAAUUAAAGGAAUUCGAGAUAUUGUAUACAAGGAAAUUCCUAAUACUAAG